GUCGGGAUAACAUGAGUGUUGUGUUAGUGUGUUUGCCCAACGCUCCCAAAGUGUCGGAGGAAGCUGUGAGGAAAGACGCUGAGCUCAACAAAUAUCUGGAGUCUCGAGUGGAAGAGAUGCUGUCCCGGCCAGGGGACGAGGGGUUUCCUGACCUGGUAGCAGUGAUGAGGAACCUGUCCACCGACAUCAACAUGCCCUGUCUGCCACCAGGGGGAGGCCUUGCCAGCAAACGCAGUGUCAUCGAAGCAGUAUACAACCGUCUGAACCCAUAUAGGGAGGAAGAUGGG